AUUUCUGUAGUCAAUCUCGUUUUCAUAAAGACUGAGCCAAAUUUGUUUUUCCCUAAAAUGCCUGAAAGUAGCAUAUUUUUGUUUUUGAUUUUCCUUCUUUUCCUGUUUACCACAUGUGCUGCAUUUAAAAAAGACCUUGUACUGUGUGUAGACUGUAAUAAGGAUAAUUUCGAUACUUGCAAAAUUGAAAGUGAUUCGGGACACUUCGUGGCUCCAAAAGGAUCUGCGGCACUGAGAUCUUUUAGAUCAUCCUUUUCGCUUCCGACAACCACGGACUUGGACGUUUGCAUUCCUACAAAUAUGAAAAUUGAUGCAAAGAAUGAUUUCGAAUAUAUAUGUGUUUGGUCACGCGAACUUGGUUGUCAAAUGCUAGUACCUAAGAACACUAAGACCGAAUUAGACUGUGCGAUAUGCCAAGUUAACGUUGUAGGUAAAUUGAAAACUUGUCCGUGCAAACCCCUCGAGGUAAAUUUGGAUAUCGGUAUCGAUAUCGGAAAGAAAAAAGAGAAAUCGGGAUCAAGGCAACUCUACCCCGGUUAUCUUCAUAUUAUGAUUGCUGCUUUUGUUCUGCAGCAGCAGAUACUUAUGGGACUGAAGCUCGGCGGACUUUAAGAAUGAGUUCUAUUGUAGAACACGUUGCCUUCAACUGAGUUUAGUAUCCACCAAGAGCUUUCCAAAUUCCAAAGCAAAUGCACCUGGUUCACAGUGCCGAUCAAAUUUCGAACAAUUUUGUUUUAAGAGAAAGACUUCAAGUAAAUGAACAAUUUUCGAUUUACUGUUUAA